AUGGAACAAAUAAUAAUAUAAACUCUGUUGAAAUAUAAUGAAAUAUUUGACGCAAUCUAGUAAGUGUUUUAAUUUCAUAAUUAUAAUUGUAAUGACUAAAAGAAUUUAUUAACGAGGUACUUAGAAACAUAGUAAAAGAAUUAAAAUUGUAUUUAUGUAACAUUAAAUGAAAAUAAUGAUUUCCUUGGGAUAAAUGAAAAGUUUAUGAAAUUUUAAAAAAGUGUGAACUCAAAUGUAGAAAAUCUAUUUGAAUACAAUACAAGUAAAGCAUAAAUACUGAUUAAUUAGCUUAAUUUGAAAAGCUUAUAACAACUGAGAUCUCUAAAAUUGAUAAGGAUUUCAACACCAAGGUUCAUGAAGUUAGGGAGGAUAUAACUUAAUUCAAAAGCAAUGUUGAUUUAACUUAUUAAACUAUCAUUAAUGCAAAAUAAUAAUAAAAAUUUUAAGAACAAACUAUUGAAAAAAUUAACUAAGAGCUAGAUUAUAUAAAACAUAAAUAUGCCUUAAAAUAAAAUUUAGAUGAUAAUUUUGUAAAAUAUAAAUAUUGAUAAUAAGAUCGAAAUUCGAGAUUGUAUUUCGAAUGUAUCUUAAAGCAUCAGCUAUUUAAGAAAUGAUGUACAACUUUUGUUUAAAAAUACAAAAGAAAUGAAAAGCUAAGCAUAAUAAGAGAACAGCCUUAUUAAAGAAUAAUUGUAGAAUCUGGAUAAGUAGAUUUUAUAAAUUGAUGAAUGCUUUAAUUAAUUAGGUUAUUUGUCAAAGAGAAUAGAAAAUUGUAAAUUAGGUAUAUAAUUGAUAGUAACAUGAAGAUAUUACCAAAAUGGAAGAAAAGUUUAAAGUAUUGAUAAACUUGUACUAAGAAUUAGAAUUAAACAAUUCAAAAGUUGUGAAAUUCGAAGUUCAUUCAGCUGUUAAAAAGUUUGAUGAAGAUUCUAUAAGAAUAGGUCUUAUUUAGGAAAAAUAGAGUAAUUAAUUAGAACAAAUUUUUUGUUAAUUGGAAAAUGUACUUAAUUAGAAUAUUGGAAUUAAAGAUAAUUAAUUAUCAAUUUAGGAACAAUUUAAUUAAGAAAUUAAAUCCCUUUAGAAAUAGAUAUCUCGAUAAUAAAAGUAUUUGGAGCAGUUAAAAGAAAAGUAAAUAUUUCAAAUUUAUUAAUCACAGUCUCACAAAAAACACAUAAAGUUCAAACGAUGUACCCUUACAAAUAAAAGGAGUGAAUUCUCAAUUAUAAUAUUAAUGGAAAUAUUUUAAUUAAUGCUUUAAUCUGACAAAAGAUGCUUUAGACAUAAUAUAGGAUUACUGUGAAACACUUUAAGUUCCUUCUAUUAAUUAAGAAAAAGACUUAACAAAUUUAAUCUUGCUAUUAGAUAGAAGAUAAAAUGAACUAAAAAGGAAUCUACAUUAAAAUCCAACACAAUCAUCUAAUUUUCCUUCUAGAACUUUAAUGAGACUUCAAACACCAAAAACUUCAUAGCCACUUGAAAAUUCAGCUAGAAUACAUUCUCUUCAAUAACGAAGAUGCAUAUAUAGCAAAAAUGGAAGCUAAACAAUAAGUGUAGACUCAAAAAGGGAGACAUUAGUUUAAAAUUGA